AUGGCAGACCGAUCUAAGGCUUUGCCCAGCCGGCGAAACCUACCGCGUGCGUCUCACGCCUGUCAACGAUGUCGGGCCAAGAAGGCCAAGUGUGACCAGCAACAGCCUUGUGGAAAUUGUGUCAAGCAUUCGCAUCAAUGCGCAUAUGGGCUUCGAAGGCGAAAUGGGCGGGAUAGGAAUCUUUCUACUCCAACUGAUGGACAGUCUCAUGAAGCUUCGUCUGUAUCUUGUCUGACUGGCCGAGAUGAGGUAUGGCAUGGGAGUGAGCCCCUAGCGCAAGCUCAACAGUCCGGUCGCAUAGAAGAAGAUGAUGCUGUGGGUGAUAUCAAUCAGCACACCCAAGGAACAGAGUACUAUGGAACCUCAUCUAACUUUGUACUACUCAAUCAAUUCUUCGUAUAUGCCCAGAAGAAUCUGCAGCCGAACUCGACUGAUCCUGUCAAUAACCCGUCGACACCAUAUUUAUUCCCUGUUGGUCAUGAUGCACAGGGGACGCGUCCGGAGUCAGGUGUUACAACACGGCUACCUCUUUCCAUCGUCAACAUCUUGUCCGAUAAACAAGUUCUGGAACCCAAUUCACGGGCGAAAACACCUGAGCCGACCCAAGAGGAUAAUGACGGCCAUCUGACGAGAAGCGACAGUCGGAGAGAGUCCACCCAGCACUGUCCUUCAACUCAUAUUAACUUGAACGGAAAUGUUGCAACGAGCAGUCCCCUAGACGUUUCCAAAUAUAGACUUGAGCGGGAGUACGUCCGCCAAUUCAUUAACAAUCUGCAUCACCUUCACCCCAUGCUCGAUCCCUCAGCAUUCACUGCACGAUGCGAAAGGCUUGUGUGGGCUUCGCCUGGUAUAUCCGAGAACAGUAAGAACCAUCGGCAUUUCCUUGCUCUAUAUCAUAUCGUAGUGGCAGUAGGCGCGCUUACCUCUGGAUCCAAUGUCAUACAAUCCACCGACCUUGAUAUAGAUGGAGCAGCAGGCGGUGAAUCAUGUAGUCAACCUCCGACAAGUCAGGAACUGUCCAAGAAAUAUUUCCGAAGGUCCAGGGUCUUACUUGGAGACGUGUUUGAAGUUUGCUCGUUGGAAAGCGCUCAAACACUUUUUCUAAUGGUAGGCCACACUCUCCCACGCAACUUCCGAGUACUGUGCAUUAACAUCACACAGUCAUUAUACUGCCAAAACGCCCUUAAGCCACAUGCCUGCUACAUGUAUUGCGGCCACGCGGUCCGUACUGCUCUUGCCAUCGGUAUUGCUCGAGAAGUCUCUUCAAGUUCAGCCGAAGAGCGAAGGGCAGCACGACGAACAUGGUGGUGUAUCUACUCCCAUGAGAUAGACAUGAGCUGCAGUGCAGGCCGUCGUGAUAGUCUUGGGAAGCCCCGGAACUAUCAAAUUGACCUCCCGCAUAUUACCGAUCAAGGUGACAACACAUUACCCGAUAAGAACCUCGAAAAACGCAGUGUGAUGAUGAUCAACGAAAUGGUUCAUUUCGCUGCUAUCUUACGGCGAAUUUCAAAAGGGCUGUACUACGAUUCCAAGGGAUUGACCCUUCUCCAAAAAUCGAUUGUUGCAAAAGGGCUCGACUCGCAACUUCACGACUGGAAAUCCAGACUACCGAGCUACCUCGACUUCAAUACAGUAUCCUUCCGAGAACCAGAAUGGGCUGCCAAACAGAAGCUCGUGCUGCAACUGAGGUAUCUCAACGCCAGGAUACUGGUUCAUCGACCAUUCAUUGGGGAGCCCAUACGAAGUGUUGAAGGAGACAUGCUGACCCACGCCGAUAUCUGCCUGGACGCAGCCCGAGAAACUAUCCGCGUUAUGUAUGAUGCUUACACCAACCGACAUUACUUUCGCAGUUGGUGGUACAAUGCAACAUACACCUUGUAUGCUGGAAUGAUUGUGCUAUAUAUCAUCAUGCUUGGCCCUACUGCUGUGUCACAUGAAGAGUUGCUAGCAGAUGCUGCAAGGGCACACGAGAUACUUCAUUCGAUGGAAGAGGCUGUUGUUGCUCGAAGAAGUGCGAACUUGAUUCAAGAAGGUUUACAAGUGGGUCAAGCUUGUGUUCAAAGACGGCAGAAUGAUGCCGAGAGGACUAGUCAGCGGCAAAACGAUGCUGGAUCUCAAGUUCAAUCACAUUCAGACGAGAUUGCGAACCAGGUAUCACACGCUGUGCCAGAACAAGAACCUGGAUUGCUGGCGUCGAUCAUUGAUCCCAAUCUGCUGCAGGACUUCAUGGCAGCUGAUCAGGAUGAUCUUGACAUGCAAUUUUCUUUCCCUUCACUGGAUAGUCUCUAUGGUGAGGGGCUAGAUGGGGAUUCUUUGUCAAUACUUCAAUAA